AUGCCGACCGCGCGUGCGCUUUUCUUCCCGAUCCUCUUCCAGCUGGCGACCGCGGCACGCCCGUCGAAAAGUGCAGCACUGCUUGAAGGUCAAGUUGGUGCGAAUGGCAAGAUCAUGGAAGGCCGGCAGGGCGCCAAAUCCGUCGCCAAACUGAACACUUCGAGCGCUGAUGUUGAUGGAGUCUGCUGCCUCUGCAGUGUCUUUGCCUCCUAUCUGGGCGACGGCAAGAUCUACACUCCCGAGGUUAGGGACAAGACUUACGGAGCCAGGGGGGCUCCAAAGACAGUCAUCCAAGAUGGAACGCUCAGCGUGUGGGUCGGAGCACAGACCGUGCCCUUGUUCUGCCUCGUGGAGGUCGAGGCCAAGUACGAUCUUGGCCCCAUGGGGGCCUGGGGUCGAAAAUGCGCAGAUUACUGCCCUGAGAAGGGCGACGUCAAGUACAGAUACGUGAUCGGGUAUCAUGCCGACGACGAGAAGGGCGUUCACCACGUCAAGGGAGCAUGCGAAGGAUCACGCGACUCGAGGCUGUUCUAUCAGCACGCGGUGGAGAAGUACGACAUUGGCUCAACAAGCGACAGCCGAACGGUGGGCGUCGGCCAUGUGCUGGACAGCUCGAGCGCCUUCAUGCGCCGGUAUGGCUUGCAGAAUGUUCCUUAUCGGCUUCCCAAGUGCUCCACGAUCGAGCGCAAGUUGUGGUAG